AUGUCGGACAUUGUGGAGAACUUUGAAGAAAAGGCUAACUUUAUAGACGAAAGCGAAGCCGAACUGAUUCGAGAGAAACUCGAAAUACUCGUAAGCAACAUUCUAACCCAAGUGAAAAAGCACGACAGCCGAUUUCAGAGUUCAUUGGUCAAAAGCGGAAGUGUUUACGAAGGAACGAAGGUUUGUGAGCCAGAUGAGUUCGACUUCAUGAUCCGAUUGAAUUCUCUCACGAACACGCCGUUUCUUCAUCCCUGUGACAAAGGCGAUGGAUAUGUGAAGCUCUCCCUUGAAAGCCGUGAAUGGGAAGACUUCAAAGAUGCCGACGGCUUUUUCAGUCCAAAUCUGCUAUCCCGCUUCUUCAAGAGGCUUGUGAGUAAAUCUCUUGACGAUAUCAAAGUACCUGAAGGUUUGGCCGUGUUUAGAACGAGACCAUCAUUAUCUAAAUCAACUUGGUGGCCUGUGUAUGCAGAUCUACUAGGAAACAGUGGUGAAGAAAGCCAAUCUGGUGCUAUGUACUCGGAAAAUCAUGGCCCGGCUACGACACUUUAUGUGCAGUGGCAAGGAGGAAGUAGUUACCAGGAUUUAAAGAUAAGUGUUGAUCUGACUCUGUCCAUAGAUUACCCCAUUUCCAAACUGCCUGCUCCCUUGGCAGAAAUCCCUUUGGCUGAAGCGAAUAGCAUUCUUCGGAGGUGCGGAUUUCACGUCGUCCCCGCGGGCUUCGAUAGUUGGCGCAUUUCGUUUUCUAUGGUCGAGAAAGAAGUUCUGGCCACUUCUCCUGACGGCUUCAAACAAUGCUACCGAGUAAUGAAAAUCGUGAGAGAUGUUGUGUCGAAGAAACUUGGAUGGGAUCCAUCCCUGGUUCCAUCGUACGUGUUCAAGUCAGUUCUUCUGUCUCAGCUGUUCACGAAUGGUCAUCGUUGGGAAAAGGAACUUCGCUCCCAAACGAUAAUUGAACUUUUGGAUCACGUUAUGCAAGGUGUCAAAGCGGAAAAGAUUCAGAGUUUCUUCCUACGAAGGUAUAACCUGCUCUCUCCGUUCGAUCAUGAGAACAAGCUGCGCCAGUGUCUCCUGGAGGAAAUGCUUUGCUUGAUAAGAGGGAUGGAAAUGGUCUUUUCCGAGGAAAAAGCCAGAGAAAGAAGAAAGCAGAUAAGGGUCUUGCAAAUGAUUGAUGUCCUCGACUACAUGAUCUCGUGUAUUCUCCGUGGAACGAAUCCUUCUGUUGUCUGGAAUAAAGUGUUUGUCAACAUCAGCAACGUUCCAAACUCUAGGAAGCAUGGUUGGUUCAUGAACGAGCUUACCGACCUCAAUUGCACAGAGCUUAGUGAGGAAGCUUAUUCCAAGUUGGUUCAGAUAUGGAAUUUUACGGAAGAUUUUUUCACGAAAUUAUUGAUCAAACUUAAAGGGGAACUGAACUUGUUGGCUCAGAAGUUUAAGAUCUUCCUCUUUAAAAAGAAAGAGAACUUCGAGCGUCAACACAUGCGUCUAACAGAAAAUGACGUUAAGAAAGUGUCUCUUCAUCAAUUUGCCUUUGAUUGGAUGGAUGAUUUUGUUGACUAUUACAUCGAGGACGACAACUCAACUUUGCCAAACCUUCAUAAAGCAAUCCGUCCUGAAUUUACAUCAUCAGGUUUCUACCAGGGUGUUGCUGAAGUGGCAACGAUAGAGGGCAGUAGCAAAGGCCUUGCUCUGCUGAAACAGCGAUUAAAGGGGGGCCUAUUCAUGGUCCCUGAGGAGUUCCUUAUGGACGGUGUUGUCGACUACGUCAUCCACAUAAUUGUCCGUGCCAAGGGAGUAUUAAAACUUAAACUUGGGCACAUCUCAAUUCCAGAGUUGGAUCUGGAUUAG